AUGGCGGACGAGCGCAUAGUGAAGCAGAAGCUGCGGCGGCUGUUGCAGUCGGUGGAUUUCGAGACGGAGACCCAGCGCUCCAUCACCAAAAAGCUGGAGGAGGAGCUGGGGGUGAACCUGUCGCAGCACAAGCCCAUGAUCAAGGAUGAGAUCGACACCUUCCUCACGGAGCAGCAGGACGCCGAGGACGACGCGGACGACGACUACGAAGCCGAGGCAGCGGCGGCGCCCCCCGCCAAGAAGAAGCUGAAGGGCGCGGGCGGCGGCGCGGCGCCCGCGCCGCCGCAGGGCGACCUGGUGGUGCCGCUGUCGGCCACGCGCUUUGCCACCGUGCGGCAGCUGGGCGGCAGGGCCAUGGUGGAUGUGCGGGAGUUUUAUGAGAAGGAUGGCAAGCUGCAGCCGGGCAGGAAGGGCGUGGCGCUGCAGGCGGCGGCCUGGACAGCGCUGGUGCAGUCGGCGGCGGCGCUGUCUGCUGCGGUGGAGGGUCGGGACCUGGCCUUCUGCCUCGACCUGGGAGCCUCCAAGCGGGCCACAAUCAGCGCAUUCAAGGGGCGGCACAGCGUGGACCUGCGGGAGCAUUACGAGAAGGAUGGGCAGAUGCUGCCUGGCAAAAAGGGCAUCUCUCUGUCGGAGGAGGAGUGGGGCAAGCUGUGCGCCGCGGCAGGCCAGAUUUCCGGCAAGCUGGGGGCCGCAGGCGGCGGCGGUGGCCCCGCCGCCCCGGCAGCGGCGGGGCCCGGCGGCGCGGCAGGGCCGUCGGGCGCGGGCGCUGCGGCGGGGGCCCAGGCGGGCGCUGCGGCGGCAUCUGCGUCUGCGGGCGGUGUGGACCUCAGCAGCAGCCGGCGUGCUGAUGUGAGCAGGUACAAGGGGAGCCUGUACGUCAACAUUCGGGAGUAUUACGAGAAGGACGGCCAGAAGCUGCCCGGCAAGAAGGGCAUCAGCCUGCCGCCAGACCAGUUUGCGUCACUGAGGCAGCGCGCUGCCGACCUGGAUGCCGCUCUGAAGGGGCACAACACUGGCUAUGAGGUGCAGCUGUCCAACAAGCGCAAGGCCAGCAUCAGCAACUUCAAGGGCCGCUUCUUGGUCAACAUCAGGGAAUAUUAUGAGAAGGAUGGGCAGCAGCUGCCGGGGCAGAAGGGGAUCAGCCUGCCGGAGGAACAGUGGGGCAAGCUGCUGGGGGGCCUGCCCGGCCUGGCAGCGGCGCUGGAUGCGGCCUGA